AUGGACAGUUCAUUCACCGCUCGAACUCUCCUUCCCCUCUUAAUUGCCCUCCUAGCCAUCAUCGUGGCGCCCCUCCUCCGUCUCCGCCUCACAUCCGUGCUUGGCCACCUCCGAACCACACCAGCACGAUACCUCACAACCUCCAGCAUGGCCCCUGCCCACUUCCGCAAGCCCCCUCAGGCCCCUCCGAUCUUCACAGCAACUCCAGAAUCCGUAGUUGCCGAUGCCGAGCGCCUGAUCAAGACCACCCGCACCAUCCAAGACAAGAUUGUGGCUGAGAUCAAGCCUGAGGCCGCAACCUUCGCCAACGUCGUCCUUGCCAUCGCUCACGAUGACAACGUGAGGAGUUUGGAGUCCAGCAUUUUGGGCUUCUACCAAGCUGUCUCAACAGACUCCAAGCUCCGGGAUGCCUCCUCCAAGGCCGAGGAGCUGAUGGAUGAGUUCUUCAUCGAGGCCGCUAUGCGUGAAGACGUCUUCAACCUGUUUGAUGCUGUGCUGCAUCGUGACGAGGCUCUUGACCCAGAAUCUCGCCGUCUGCUAGAGAAGGAACACAAAGAAUUCGUCCGCUAUGGACUCGGUAUCCCUGCUGGACCUCAGCGGGAUCGUUUUAAGGAGAUCAAGAAGCGAUUGAGCCAGCUGAGCAUUGAGUUCCAGAAGAACUUGAACGAGGAGAAUGGCGGCAUUUGGUUCUCGCCUGAGCAGCUGGCCGGUGUGCCGAAUGAUGUGCUCGAGGGUCUGCAGAAGGGCGAGGGCGAAAACGAAGGCAAGCUCCGGCUGUCGUUCAAGUACCCCGAUCUCUUCCCCGCUAUGAAGUACGCCAGUGAUCCUGAGACCCGCAAGCAGGUUAUGAUCGCCAACGAGAACAAGUGUAACCAGAACGUGCCGCUCUUCCGCGAAACAAUUAUCCUGCGUGAUGAGGCGGCCCGUUUACUCAAAUACCCCAACCACGCUACGUACCGUAUCGAGGACAAGAUGGCCAAGACACCGGAGACUGUUGAUAAUUUCCUCGGUGAUCUGCGCACUCGAUUGACCGCCGGCGGUAAGAAGGAGGUGCAGAAGCUGCUGGAGAUGAAGAACGCCAUGGAUCCCAAGGCUGAUGGUCGCUACUACUUGUGGGACCAUCGGUUCUACGACCGUCUCAUGCUCGAGAAGGAUUAUUCUUUCGACCAGCAGCUGAUUGCCGAGUGGUUCCCUCUGCAGAACACCAUUAACGGCAUGCUGAAGAUCUUCGAGGAGCUCUUCGGUCUGGAAUUCGUCGAGGUCACCGGUGAAGACCGCGCAUCCAUUGCCUCCACCGGCCAGGGCAACGACAUCGUUUGGCACGAAGACGUGCAAAUUUUCAGCGUGUGGAACGACGAAAGCGAGGGAUCCGGAUUUGUUGGAUACCUGUAUCUCGACCUGUUCCCCCGCGAAGGCAAAUAUGGUCACGCCGCCAACUUCAACCUCCAACCCGGUUUCAUCGACAAGGACGGCAACCGCCGAUUCCCUGCCACCGCUCUGGUGUGCAACUUCACCAAGCCACAGCUCAAGAAACCCAGUCUGCUCAAGCACGACGAGGUUGUCACGCUCUUCCACGAGCUCGGCCACGGCAUCCACAACCUCGUCUCGCGCACUAUCUACUCCCGCUUCCACGGCACAAGUGUAGCGCGCGACUUCGUCGAAGCACCCAGCCAGAUGCUCGAGAACUGGUGCUGGACUGCCUCCCAGCUUCGUGCUCUCAGCAAACACUACACCACCCUCUCCCCAGAGUACCUCUCUGGCUGGCAAGAGGCUCAGGCCAGCAACGGCAAGACGGAUACAGAGAAGCCAUCCGAGCACAUUCCCGACGAUAUAAUCGAUAACCUUAUCCGCACAAAGAACGUCAACGGCGCCCUCUUCAAUCUCCGCCAGCUCCACUUCGGUAUCUUCGACAUGACCGUUCACGAACCUAAGAGUCACGCCGAUAUUGAGGCCCUUCCCAUUUCAGCCACAUACAACCGUCUUCGCCAGGAAAUCACCCAGCUGGACGGCCCUGAAGUACUUGGUGAAGGCAGUGAAUGGGCACACGGCCAAGCGACAUUCGGCCAUUUGAUGGGUGGUUACGACGCUGGAUACUACGGGUACUUGAGUUCGCAAGUCUACUCGACUGAUAUGUUCUACACCGUCUUCAAGGACGAUCCUAUGAACAAGGCUGCUGGUCGUCGGUACCGGUACCAGGUUCUGGAGAAGGGUGGCAGUCAGGAAGAGAUGAAGUCGUUGACGGAUUUCUUGGGUCGGGAGCCGCAGACCGAUGCCUUCUAUAAGGAUUUGGGACUUGCUUGA